AUGCCACUGGACCGGGUACCCACAUCAGAGACGGAGCCGUCCACGGAAUGCUCUGUGGAGUAUUCCGUGCGGGUGCCCGGCGCUGCUGGUCAUGACCCGCGUCGGAGCCGUGAGGUGGCAGUGAUCCGGUCCAGAUGCUGCCACUGCCUGCCGCUCUCGGUGCGCCUCACCUUUACGCCGGAGUCACUGGAGAGACUUUACCAGAGCUACUUUCGGCGACAGAGGGAGGAGAACCUGCUGGUGCUGGUGGUUUUCGCGGCUUUGUUCAAUGCCUUCAUCAUCAUCAUGUGUGCGGUGGUGUACACGCGGGACAAGCUGGUGAUGCUGCUGGUGGCGGCGGCGGGGCUGCUGGCAGAUGUGGCGCUGUACCUGCUGUGCCGGUUCCGCAAGCUGCCUUCGUCCCCCGUGGCGCGUGGAGCGGUGCCGUACGUGCUGUGGAUGAUGGUCACCAUCCACGUCCUGUGUUACAUGAGCCUGAACUACCAGCGGUUCUCUGGAGCCAGUGACUCGGUGGGCUGGCAGACUUUCUUCAGCUUCACCGGUUUCCUGACUCUGCCGCUCAACCUGUUGCCCCUCAUCCUCCUGACGGCGCUCUCCUGCGGAGUUCACACCUUGGUUCUGGGGGUGACAGUGGCCCAAACCUUUCAGGACCACCUGCAGGGGGCCAUGCUUGUCAGACAGCUCCUUGCUAAUGUGAUGCUAUACGCCGGAGCCACCUUAGUGGGUGUGAUGUCCUUCUACAUGGCCGACAGGAAGUACAGGACGGCCUUUUUAGAAGCUCGACAGUCUCUGCAGGUCAAACUUACUCUGGAGGAGCAGAGCACUCAACAGGAGGAACUCUUGCUGUCCAUCCUUCCCAAACACAUCGCUGAUGAAAUGCUGCAGGGCAUGAAGAAUCAGGCCGAUCAGACCGACGUCCAGCAGCAGCAGCAGUUUAACACCAUGUACAUGUACCGCCAUGAAAACGUCAGCAUCCUUUUUGCAGACAUUGUAGGCUUCACCCAGUUAUCGUCCGCCUGUAGUGCUCAAGAGCUGGUAAAGCUGCUCAAUGAACUCUUUGCCCGUUUUGACAAAUUGGCAGCUCAAUACCAUCAGCUGAGGAUUAAGAUUCUUGGAGAUUGUUACUACUGUAUUUGCGGCCUUCCAGACUUCCGAGACGACCACGCCGUUUGCUCGAUAAUGAUGGGCCUGGCGAUGGUGGAUGCCAUCUCGUACGUUCGUGAAAUGACAAAAACGGACGUGGACAUGCGCGUGGGCGUUCACACCGGCACCGUGCUCGGCGGCGUGCUCGGGCAGAAGCGCUGGCAGUUUGAUGUCUGGUCCACGGACGUCACUGUGGCUAACAAGAUGGAAUCAGGUGGAAUUCCAGGGAGAGUACAUAUCUCACAAAGCACCAAGGACAGCCUGCACGGGGAGUUUGAGGUGGAGCCGGGGAACGGUGGGGAGAGGUGUGAGUACCUGCUGGAGAAAGGCAUUGAUACGUAUCUAGUUCUUGUGCCAAAACAGGCAGAACAAGAGCUUAAUAGAGAGACAGCAGACAGUAGAAAUUCAAAGGAGCUGAUCAACACCAGAGCCUCCCAGGGAACCACGAGCUCGCUCCAAUUAGUGCCAACUGCUCCCAAACAAGAGGUGAAUGAAAACAAAAGAUUAUCUGUCAAAAAUCUCAGGAUACAAUACACACGUAAAGCUGCAAAAAUGGGGCUUCUUUGUCCAUUUUUUGCAUGGACUUUCAGAGGAACAAGAUGGUUGAGGAGCAAGCGAUCAACAGACGGCUGCAGCAGGAGCUCCUGGACAGAGAGUCUCAGCAAAUGUAGGAGAAGACAAAAGCAAAACGAAACUUUAAAGUUAUCCAACUUGAAGGGGGAUACUUACUGUAUAUUUUUAUAUUUACAGAAAAACAAGCAAAAAUCCUCCACAAAUAAUUUUUUUCUGUUUUUUUCUGACAGAAUGAAGGAUCAUAAAAUCAACCCCGUUACUCUCUGUUUUGUGGACAAUAAGCUAGAGGAGCACUACUCCUCAGAGAAGGAGAAGCGAAGUGGAGCGGCCUUCUUCUGCUGCAUCAUAGUGCUCUUCUUCAUCACAGCUAUGGAGGUGUUCAUAGAUCCGCUACUUGUUGUGAAUUAUGUGACUCUUGUCAUUGGAGGGGUGUUGCUACUAACCCUCACACUGUGCUCCCUGGCCGCCAUCUUCCCCAGGAUGUUCUCCAAACGGCUGGUUUCCUUCUCCAUGUGGAUCGAUCGCACCAGGUGGGCGAGAAACACAUGGGCCAUGGCAGCCAUAUUUGUUUUAACCAUGGCGGUAAUCGCUGACAUGUUAAGCUGUGUGCCGUCGUCCCUCCGGGUCUUCAACAGCACCAUGGGUCCUAUGCUGGAGUCAAUCGGUGACAACGGAUGUGCAGAAAACCCCAAAUAUUACAGCUUCAUGGCUGUGAUGUCGCUCAUUGCAACAGCCAUGCUGGUACAGGUCAGCCACAUAAUCAAACUGGGUCUCAUGAUGCUUGUAGUCACAGCAGCUGGAGCUGUUAACAUCUACAGCUGGAAGGACAUCUUUGAUCUGUAUGACUACAUGCAGUUUGCUUCUGACAGAACCUCCAUGGUGCCGUCCAAAUACUUAAUGACUGUAAUGAUUAUUGUCAUGAUGAUCAGCUUUUACCUCUUUGCUCGUCAUUUGGAGCAUCAGUCCAGGAAACUGUUCCUUUGGAAGAUUGGCGUGCACGACCAGAAGGAGAAAGUGCUUGAGAUGAGGCGCUGGAAUGAAGCGCUGGUCACCAACAUGCUGCCAGAGCAUGUGGCCAAACAUUUUCUGGGCACAAAAAAGAGAGAUGAGGAGCUGUACAGUCAGUCGUACGAUGAAAUAGGCGUCAUGUUUGCUUCUAUCCCCAACUUCUCUGAUUUCUACACUGAGGAGGGCAUCAACAAUGGAGGCAUCGAGUGUCUUCGGAUUCUCAAUGAGAUCAUCUCAGACUUUGACAGUUUGUUAGACAGAGAUGAGUUCCAGUGCAUCACUAAGAUCAAGACAAUAGGAAGCACCUACAUGGCUGCUUCCGGACUCACACCAGGGAGUAACACCAAUGGAUACAGCAACUGCAAGUUAGAGGACCGGUCACUAACAGAACGCUGGCAGCAUCUGGCUUACCUGGCAGACUUUGCUUUGGCAAUGAAAGUCACCCUUGACAACCUCAACAAACAGUCCUUCAACAACUUUAUGCUUCGGAUUGGUAUGAAUAAAGGAGCAGUUCUCGCUGGAGUUAUUGGAGCGCGUAAACCUCAUUAUGACAUCUGGGGUAACACGGUCAAUGUGGCCAGCAGAAUGGAGUCGACUGGAGUGAUGGGAAACAUCCAGGUGGUGGAGGACUGCUUUGACAUCCUGAAGGAGUUCGGUUUCCGCUUUAUCCGAAGAGGCCCCAUAUUUGUCAAAGGCAAAGGAGAGCUGCUUACAUUUUUCAUGAAAGGAAAAGACAAGCCCAGUGGUCUCGCGAGUUCUGUGACAACUGCUCUUCCACACCAAGUUGAAACCCUUUCCUGACUAUUGGAAGGAUGACUAAAACACAUAAAUACCUGAAGAAAACAUUUUUUUUUAUCAUUCAAAAUUCAGUUUCUAAGACUUUUUAAAAACUAUUUCUAACGUUUGCUAAACUUGGGAAAAAGAGCUAACAUGUCAAUAUAAUAUUUGAUUAUCAAGCAAAAUUGAAUUCUUAUUAAUAGGCUUCUCUAUUUUGUUUACAUUUUAACGUGUUGUUUUCUAAGGGUACAUCCUAUAAAAUAAAACAUUUUACAAAUUUCUUAAAAGAAAUCUUGUUCCAAAAGAAACCGACUAGUUACAUGGGAUUUUAAUUGUUAAUAGUUUGGUUAAAUUUCAGGAAGCUUCCAUCUUUUAGGCUAAAAUGUUGCAUACUUCCAUUUUUUAACUGUUUUGAUUUACAAAAACAAAUGUAAAAAUGAUGUAUAGUUAUAAAGAAAUUCACUGUGUUAAAUAAAAAAAAAAUACGAAUCCUUUUGCCUAGGAUGAUUUAAUUGUACAUUUUAAAUACCAAUUUAGACAUAUUUUAAUAGAUUUGAAUGACUGUCAAAUCGUUUGAGAAGUAGAAAACAUUUUUAGAAUUUAGUAUUGGAUUAUUCAAUGUUUCUUUUUCAGAAGUGGGUAUAGUUCUUCACUUUUUACAUUUCAAUUUGCAUUGGUAACAAGUUUUCCUUGGUUGGGUUUUUAAUGUGUAUUUAAACUGUGUUUCAAACAAACAAAAAUAAAUAAAUAAACAAACAAACAUUUCAUGAAUGAGGAUUCUAUGGACAAUAAAGUAUGUAUUUAAUCAUUGCAUUA